AUGGCGCUCGACACUCGAAACCACUUCGAUCGCCUGCCGGCUGAACUGUUUUCCAUGGUCACCGAGCAAAGUGGCCUGUCAGUCAGCAGUCUUGCCGCUCUCGCCCUCACCAGUCGCCGCUCCUACAAGAUGACCAUUCCGAUUGUCUACAAGAAGCACGUGCAGGAAGAGUUUGGAUCUGCCAUAUAUUGGGCCAUUCAGAACGAACAAUACAGCACGCUGGACCGACUCAUUGAGCACGGCGUUGACAUCAAUCUGGAUUUAGGAGAGGACGAGGACCAUAUUUCAGAGUGGACUGCUCUCCACUAUGCCAUUUGCAACGGCCACGGGUCAACCGCAAAGCUGCUGCUUGCUCGAGGCGCCUCCACUAGAGAUGUAGGGGGCGGAGGUGUGACCGCCCUUCAUACUGCGGCGCGCCAGGGAAUGGAAAGCAUUAUCGAUCACUUGAUCGACAACAAGCUUGUGGACAUUAAUGCAGGAGAUGUUGACGGGAUCACAGCUUUGCACGUUUCCUAUCGUGCUGGCAAUUUCUCUAUAGUGGACAAUCUCCUCGACUCCGGCGCUGACAUCAACCUUGCAUUCUACAGCCCUGACACUGGAGAGGGACCUUGGACUAUCUUCGCGAUGGCUUGUAGCGAGGACAGACUGGACAAGGCUUUGGAAUAUCUGCGAAGAGGUGCGGAUCCGGGGUUUGUCAUUGAUGCUAACAGCGGUGUUUGGUCGGCGAUGCGACUCAUCUACGCGCAUCGAGAAUCACGGUCUCCAGACCCGACGUUCUCGGAACAGCAGCUCAGACUCACUUUGGAGCAGGAAAUAUUCAAAGCCAAGGGGGCAAAGCCUCCAGCACUUCUGUGA